AAAGUAUUGAAUCGGUGACGUCACAAAAGCGACGACACCACACGCGCCUCUCGCAGUCGCGGGCGAGAGAGUAGGAGUAGGAGGGAGAUAGUUGACUCGCUGUAAGCAGAGUGGAGUGGACUAGUGGAAGCCCAUCGCGCUCGUCUCUCUCCGCAAAGGGUGAGCUGCUGCUUGUUCCGCAGAGGCAAAGCAAACAGACGGUCUCGCCGCGUGUGCGUGCUACUAUAUACUUCGUACUCACGUUCGCUGCUUUUUUUCCGCGACUGUGAAGUGCUGCUCGUUCGAAACGCGCGCCACGUCCCUGUACCUAUAUGUGUGUGUGUAUUUCCGUGCGUAGAAGCCUGCCCGUAUCACCGAAGCUAUCUGUACUGCAGAGUUUAUACACAUCGGAUCGAGUCUAGUCUACGACUCUACGGCCAGCCGUCCGUCCGCGAGUACCUAUUCGAGACGAGAGAGUCUGCAGUGGAUCGCGCAAGCAGCGGGAGAGAGAUACGUAUCUAUCGGACCGGACGCUCCGAGCAACGAGGCUCGGUCUCGAGGCAGCACGUGGAGCGGGAGGAAGAGGAGAGUGUUGUCUUCGCCACCUGGAGCCGCUCGCCGGAGAGGAGCCCGUGCGUGCAGGGGCAGACAGUGCGCGAAUUUUUCGGAGCAGCGUAGGGCAGAGAGCCAAUCGCCGGAAAAGCGAGCGGAUCCCGCAUCCUCAGGCAGUGUCCCGCGUGUCCGAUGAUGGUGAGGUCGUCGGGCGCUCCCCAUGAGGAAUGAUAGGAUGCAAGAGGGCAGCACCGCGGUGGCGCUAGCCAUGGUGACCCCUGGCUACGAUCAGGACCCUGCCAGCGGGGUAGCCGAUUACGCGUCGCACCAGGACCAGGCGCAAUUCGAGGCGGACAAACGCGCCGUCUACAAGCACCCGCUCUUCCCCCUACUCGCCCUGCUCUUCGAGAGAUGCGAGCAGGCGACGCAGAGCUCCGACAACUCCAACAGCGAGAGCUUCAACAUGGACAUACAGGCGUUUGUCCAGCACCAGGAGAGGGAUCGAAAGCCCUUCUUGAUCAAUGACCCCGAGAUUGACGGCCUGAUGAUCAAGGCCAUCCAGGUGCUGCGGAUCCACCUUCUGGAGCUGGAGAAGGUGCAGGAGCUCUGCAAGGACUUCUGCAACCGUUACAUAACCUGUCUGAAGGGCAAGAUGCAGAGCGAGAAUCUGCUGCGCAGCGACUACAGCCAUCACGGGGCAGGCGGCGGACACGACGGCAUGGCGCCGUCGAGCGGAAGCAACGGCAGCAGUCCCCUGCAGGUGCUGUCAUCUACAGGCAAUGAUGUUGAGUCGGGAGCUAACGGACUCCGAGUGAGCGGUCGCCCUGAGGUUCCCUCGGAGAACGGCAGCAGCGGCAGUCGACACCAGCUCCUGGGCGAUCUCCAACAGCUGCAGCAGCAACAGCACCAGCAGCAGUGCAAUCGGCCCUCCUCGGCGAGGUCCUCCUCUUCCUCGGGUGGCGGCAGCGCAGCCAGUCUGCAGCCCCACAACAAGCGUAAGCGCACCUACUCCGACGACCCGGAGGACCGGCCUUCGCCUCCCAGCGUUCAUGGCAGUACACCUCUCUCGCAGAUCGGGGCUCACGCCCCCGUCAACGACAUGUACCUCGGCCAAGAGAUGGAUCCAUUAAGCUUUGAUUCGACGAGCAUUCGUGCACUACCACCUCGCAGCAGAGUUUACGUCGAAGAAGCGAGCUACUGGGGACUGUUCGCAGUGCAAGGAAGGAAGAAUGAAUUUGAAUUUGUGGGAAUCGCUGCGUUGCAUAACAAACGAGGCUUUGGUGAUAUUACUGUUGCAGGCUCUCCGUCGUCUAUGCAGAGCGAGGACGAUGAAGAGGCUUGCGGCGUCGCUGCUGCGGCUGGCGUUGGCUCGCUCAGUGGCAGGAAAACAAAGCCCAAAAGGGGUGUCCUUCCCAAGCAAGCUACCAACAUCAUGCGCGCAUGGUUGUUCCAGCAUUUAGUCCAUCCCUACCCAACGGAGGACGAGAAACGCCAAAUAGCCAACGAUACAAACCUUACGCUUCUCCAGGUGAACAACUGGUUCAUCAAUGCUCGCCGACGUAUACUGCAACCGAUGUUGGAUGGGGCUGGCAGUACGGACCCUUUAAUCCAAUCCCAGCCGCCGUCGCUCAAUUCGCAGCAGCCUCAGCCCCAAAUCAGAACUACUGGAAGUAGCAGUGGAAGCGUCAGCGGCUCUUCAAAGCAGCGCUCGAAGCCUCGGGGCGCCGGUAAGCAGCAACAGGCUGACUGGCAAUCCGAGGACUCGGGCAGCGAGUCCAACGGGUCGAGCGAUGCCGAGGGUGCUUACUCCGGUCUGGGUGGUGGCGAUCUAGAAACCAAGGUUGAAGAAGACGACGAUGAGGAUAGCGAGGACGGUGGUAUCGAUAUCGAAGAGACGAAGCCUUUUGCUCACUGACCUCGUCGAGCCUCCUUGCGUACACCUCUCCAUGCCCCACGAGAUAGCGUCGCUCUUUACAGUAUUAAGGUAUUCGAGGGUAGAUUUCGCUUUAACUGUCAGAUACGUAAAAAAACUAUUCUUGCGAAAAUCAUCAGGGAUUAUCUACUCGAUUAGAAGUUAUCACGCUCUUAUCGUGUGUGUCUGCGUGCAUGCGGACUUGUAUUGUUGUCUCGGACUCCCGUUACUUCCUUGUGUUACUCUUCCUUAUUUUUACCUGUGUACUUUCUCGGUGUUCUUAAGCUUCGACGACUCUAUAAUAUACAUACGACUAAACGGGAGGAGACGCUAUAGUGUAUACAUUAAGAAUUUUGAAUGCCUAGUUUGGUGAACUGCGUAUACGAGAUAUGUGAUGUACGAACGCUAGAAUAUUGCGCGAGCCUCGUCUGAGAGGGCAGUAUGUUGAUUGUUGGUUAUUUAUUCAACCAUGCAAUAGCGACUUUUGCAGAUUUUGUAGUCAAUAGUACACGCAACGAAAGUCUGUAUAACGAUAACUUAGCUGCUGCAAGGUUAUUUUAUCGUUUUACAGCUCAGUAUUUCAACAAAACUUCGAAUUACGAAAUCUAAUGCUCCUUGCAUAAUUCUCGCAAGAUAUAUUUCAUCAACAUGCUGCCUAUUUUGGUAUACCUUUGUUCUUAAAACCUUCCAGCAGAAGCGCCUUGAAAUACGAAGAAAAAGAAAAGUAUGAUAACUAGCUACGACUAUUACGCUUUUAAAAUCAUUGAUAUACUGACUCUCCUAUAAUGUUACUUCUUUUGACUGUGUUAAUAUUAUGUAUAUGUAUACAUCAAGAUUGACACUAUCGAUCUGCCAAAACUUGUACAGUUUUUGCAUUCUCACCAUUGCGCUCGAUUUUCGCGCGUAUAUAGUCAUUAUAUACAAACAGGUACGGCUUUUUUACUUCUGAAACGGAUAAAGCUUAAGCGUUUACAAUUUUCACUACUCAGGAGACUUGCGUGCGAUUAUUGUUUCCGCCAAUUCUUAAUAUUAUCAAUUGAAUGUGAUACCGCUCGUCCAUCAAUCAUUAUUAUUUUGCGUUUAUGGAUUGUAAUUUUUAUGAUUUAUUCAUGUUGCGAAAGAUAAUGUUUAUUAUUAAAAUUAAUUUGAUAGUCUUUCGUUAUCUGUGUUCAAUUUUACAUAGACAACAACAUGGUUUUGCAAUGCAUUUCGUAUAUCCUUGACUUCCUUAAAGCCAGUUCUCGAACACGCGGUUUUUCUCGUGUUUCGGUUAUAGAACAACUCCGUUAGCGCAUAAGACAGACGUAAUCUCUUCGGGCUUGAAGAGAAAAUUUUUUUUUUUCUUCUAGAUGACAAUGGUAGUGUGUUGAAUAUAUAAUUUCACUUUUGCCUCAGAUACACGAUAAACCUCAUGACCACUAUAUUUUUUAAUGAUAAGUUCCUACAAACUUGUUUAUUCAGUCAGUAUACGUAAUUUAUAUAUGAAUUAUAUGUAACUAUUUAUCUAUACGCAACUGUGUAACUAUAUUACUUAUUCAAUAUAGUUACGUAAAGAAUCGUAUACGACUAGUUGUAGACUAGUAUAAUUCAUAUAUAACAAGUACAUCUUGAUUUUCUAUGCCGAAUGUAUUUGGUUCUGAUUGUAAAAUUGUGCUUCUCCUUGAGAUCUUUCAUAGAGAAGUGUCCCACUCUCAUAAGUUAUACUCGUCGAUAGAACACCAAAUAUAAAAUAUAUUAAAAAAUUAAAAUAAAAACGAAGAUGAUAGGAUGGUAAAAGCUGAUAGCCAUCGUACUGUAACGAUUAAGCUAUUAAAAAAAGAAAUGAAAAUAGGUAUCACUUUCAUUGUGCCAUGUAAUAAUUGUAAAGAGUGUGGUAACUUCCACGCCAUAGUCUCUUUGAUCAGCUCUGCAGCUCAUCGUCGUGACGCAGCAAAAAUGCUGUCCCUCCAAGAUAAUAAUACUAAUAAUAAUUAUAAUAAUAAUUGUGCUGAUGACGACGACGAUGAUAACGAUAAUAUUGAAAAAGUGAUCACGGGGCGAAUUAAUAAAUUAAAAGGUUAUUUAUGAUUGCGCUCAGUGCCGGGUGUGGAACUUGUCUAGGUGCGAACGUGCUCGCGAAGAUUUUUUUUCUCAAAAUCUAGGCAAAUGCUGUUAAAAAACAUAUUAUAUGUACGUAAAAUUUACUUAAGGCUGAUCUCGAUGAAUUUUUUAAAAACUCUUGUAUACUCACAAAGUAGUCAUAUAGUUAUAAUAUACAUAUUUAUAUGAAGUCAGAUGUAUACGUACUUCUAGUUGUAACCUAAGCUUUGACUCGCUUGCACGACUCGACAGACAACUUUCACACUCGAGCAACUCGAGGCACAAACAUGAUCGUACGUAAUUUCGUCGCCUCGGACACCUUAACGAAACAAUGAUGGUAAAGCAAAAUAAAUUAAUUUAAAAAAUUUUUUAAAAUCAACAAAUAAUGAUAUUAAUUAUAUAAACGCUAUUUGAAAUAUGUAAAAGUAUAUAUAAUGAUUAUAUUUUUAAAUUCUAAGUGUCGUCUUUUGUGGAUGCACCCAGAAGCUGCGACGGAGAGCGAGCAAAUAAGAAUUGAAUCCAUAAAUGAAUAAGUGUAUCCCCCUCGGCUUCUUCGGUGCACUGCUGUAAAUAAUAUACGAUCAAUAUUAUUGAAUAAUUAAUUAACUGCGAUGCAGAAGUGAGGAGAAAAAAUACUGUUGACUUCAAUUAAUUUGAGCAAAAAAUAAAGGAAAGAGGCAAAUAAUCCAACCGACGGCUCUGGAAAACCGAUGAACCGAUGAAACCCCCGAUCUUCUAUGUGAAUGAAUCGUUGUUUACAGAAAUAAUGGAUAACAAUUUUCUAGCUGAAUAUAUUUUUUUAUUUAAAUAAGUAAUCAACUGAAUGAUUUUGUUAUUAAAUUUUAGUUUAUUAUUUUUGCGAUUAGCAGUAAUUGCACGAUUGUAUGCGAAGUUGACAGACAAUCUUUAUUUUAAGAGAGAAAAAAUAACUAUGUUUAUAAUUUGACUGAAGUGGAGUAUGUUCAGCAAUUGAUGAUUUGAUUGCCUUCGCAAAAUACGAGUAUUCGGUUUUUUAAAUAAGGAAAGAAAGUCAUACGGCGACUUGAAAAGCGAUCAACUAGAAAGAAACGGCUCUGUUCCUCUUUUACCUAGUUGUAAUAGCGUAGAGAAAAAAAAAUAAAAUACUACGAACAAUUCCUUUUGUACAGAGAUUCAAAGAUUAGAAGAAAAAAAUGAAUAAGAACUUUCUUCCUAUUUGUUUUCCUUUUUAGCUCUAUACAAUAAUGAUAAUACUUGGCGCGUCUUUUCUCGCGAUUAUAUUAUAAUAAUAUAAAGCAUAAAAGUCAGAUGAGCGUAAGCAAAAAUUUAAAAAGUCGAAUCUCCGCAUUCGACGACCAGCAAUAAAUAUUGUGAAAAUAUAAUGAGGAAAAAAAUUAAGUAAUUAAGCAAAGGGGUGAAUCGAGGAAUAACUGCACCUCGUUCGAUUAAACAAAAGAGAUGUAAUCGAAGAAAAGAGAUGAGAGGGAAGGAAAAAAGCUUAGUGUUUAAGAUUUAAACGGUAGAAGUUAAGAGGUAGGUCUUAAGGCUGAACCACGUAUACGUAUGUGCUGCGGCACCAGACAACUGUGAUAACUCGGUGGGCGGUGCCCAGCCUCCUACUUCAUAAUAAUAAUUGUAUACUUGAAAAAUGAGUAAAAUAAAAAUGCGGAAAAAAAGUUGUGAGAGACAAAAGAAGCGAGACGCAAAGGAAAAUUGCUGCGGAAGGUGUAAUGUUUUAGAGCGAAAGUUCUGUUACGAGUAAGAGAGUUUCAGAAAAAUGGAAAUUUUAUUUUUUUAAUAAACUGAUAAUACGCGUAUAUGAUUUUUCGAGGCUCGGUUCAGUAUGUGAAAGUAUGCGAAUGUCGAUUACGUGGUGGUUAUAAUUUUAUACGAAAUAAUGUGGCAAUUUUUAAAAAGGUAAGGCUAAUUUCUUAGUGACAAUAUAGUGUGUUAUUUGUGUUACAGCCACCUGACUAAGCAAUGUAAUUCAAAGAUUCAGCUGACGAUUAUCAUCGAUUUAUGAAUUCAAGCAUUUUAAUAAGAAUUUGAUGCGAUUAUUCGUAAACUUUGCCAUUCUUAAUUUAACUACAAAAUUAAUGAAUUAAUUUACAUAAUUCGUAUAAUGUUAUAACCUCUUCGACUGCACAAUUACCUAUUCGAGAUAAAUAUAAUUACCCAAAUUUGUUAUUACAUCUCUCUAACAAUGAAUAUUUUAUUUAGUUAGUAGUACAAACAAAUGUUUUUCAAAAAUUCAUAAAAUACAAAGCGAUGAUACAGAAAAAAAGUAUCAAACGAGACCUGUAACUCUCUCUGUCCAUGUGCUCACGUGUAAAAACAUAGCGAUAAAUGUCUAAGAAGAGAAAUAAUGGAGAAAAAUAAUUAAAGAAGCAUUUCGUCCUAAAAGAAAUGUAUGCGCGUCAGUAAAGGAUAUUGCGUAUAUUGUUUACACCGAAAAAAACUCCUGCCUAAGAUUUCGAUUAAAAUAUUUAAAGAAAAACGGCGAAAAAGUUGUAUUUUAAGAAUGGUUCAGAAAGGGAGACACAUCUUCUACUUUCAUUUUUCUUUUUUGUUAUUACUUUGAUCAUUUCUUUUACAAAAAACAGUCUUCAAAUACUUUGAUGUAUAUUAUUUUGGUCUUCCGUUGAAUUAGUUUUAAGAAAACAGUACGACGAUUGUAUUCCGAUUAUUGAUUAAAAAAAACACGCUCAUAGUCCUUGAGAUUUUGGACCAUUUCUAGUUGCCGAUUAAGAGUUUUUAAGUCCUAAGCUAAACGUAUACAUAGACUUUUCAUCGCAUCGCAUCGCAUAUUAAGCAAGGCAUAAGCGAAUGAAUUAAUUCUCUCUCGUGUAAAUCUACGCCCUGUUAAUUAAGUUUAUCGAUAAUAAAUGCCAUCACGCUUGCAA